UAAAUCGAGCACGACACCGGUGUUGUACUGAAUUUUUACCUGUCCGUGUCCUGUUUCCACUUUCCACUCACCGAAGCAGAAACCGGAUUCUCUGUCAAUUAAGUUUUGACACGCAUUUUAUCUUUCAGAAACAAAUACUUUAAAAAUGGCUGAACCUAAGGGAGAUAUAGCUCUGAUUGGUCUGGCAGUGAUGGGACAGAAUCUUGUACUUAACAUGAACGACCAUGGAUUCACUGUCGUUGCGUUCAACAGGACUGUGGCAAAGGUUGAGCAAUUCCUUGCUAAUGAAGCCAAGGGUACGAAAGUGAUCGGAGCAAAGUCAUUGGAAGACAUGGUCGCCCAGCUGAAGAAACCUCGCAGAGUUAUGCUACUGGUGAAGGCUGGACAGGCAGUGGAUGACUUUAUAGAUAAACUGCUUCCUCAUCUUGAGAAAGGGGAUAUAAUCAUUGAUGGAGGAAACUCUGAGUACAGUGAUACAAAUCGUCGCUGUAAAGCGUUAGAAGCAAAAGGACUACUGUAUGUAGGGAGUGGUGUCAGUGGUGGUGAAGACGGGGCAAGAUAUGGACCCUCCCUUAUGCCUGGGGGCUCACCUGCUGCUUGGUCACACGUCAAGAGCAUUUUCCAGUCGAUUGCUGCCAAGUCAGAUGGGGAACCAUGCUGUGACUGGGUGGGCCCAGAGGGAGCUGGCCACUUUGUAAAGAUGGUUCACAAUGGAAUUGAGUACGGGGAUAUGCAGCUUAUUUGUGAGUCGUAUCAUCUCAUGAAGGACUUGGUCGGGCUUAACCAGGAUGAAAUGGCUGAGGUUUUUGAAGAUUGGAAUAAAACAGAACUGGACUCGUUCUUGAUCGAGAUCACACGUGACAUCAUGAAGUUUAAAGACACUGAUGGAAAGUACCUGCUGGAGAAGAUUCGUGACACGGCGGGGCAAAAGGGCACCGGGAAAUGGACUGCAAUUUCCUCCCUUGAAUACGGUGUGCCUGUGACGCUGAUUGGUGAGGCUGUGUUUUCCCGUUGUUUGUCUGCAUUGCAAGCCGAGCGUGUUCAAGCCAGCACCCAGCUGAAAGGUCCAAAUGAACCAAAGUUUGGGUGGGACAAGAAAACCUUCAUUAACAAUAUAAAACUUGCACUGUAUGCGUCCAAGAUCGUGUCGUACGCUCAGGGAUUCAUGUUAAUGCGCGAGACAGCCAAAGAACUUGGGUGGAAGCUGAAUUUUGGAGGCAUCGCUCUUAUGUGGAGGGGUGGCUGUAUUAUCAGAAGCCGUUUCCUUGGAAACAUCAAGCAGGCCUUUGACAAGAACCCAGAUCUCAGUAACCUUCUGUUGGAUAACUUCUUCAAGGAUGAAAUACACAGAUGUCAGGCUGCUUGGAGGAAUGUAGUGGGCACUGCAGUUAUGUAUGGAAUCCCGACUCCGGCUUUCAGCACUGCCCUUGCCUUCUAUGAUGGCUACAGGUCUGCCAGACUUCCAGCUAACCUUUUACAGGCUCAGCGUGAUUAUUUCGGAGCUCACACAUAUGAACUUCUGGACAGCCCCGGAAAGUUCAUCCAUACCAACUGGACAGGCCAUGGAGGCACAGUUUCAUCUACAACAUAUUCAGCAUAGAUGAAUCUCUUUCAUGAUGAAACAGAUGUAUCACUCCAAGACCAGAUGAUAAAAAAUAUUGUUCUCAUCCCCUGCUUGAAUAUUGUGUAUGAGAAGACAUGUUAUUUUUCUGUCUUAUAUCAGAGACAUUUUCUCAGUAUAUUCAGCAUGGAUCUAUACAUUUCUCUCUCGGUGGAAAUUUCAUCAACAUGGACUUGCACAUAUCCAUGUUGUACAUGGCAUAGUCUACACUCCAACAGCUGAUUUCAAUCUUAAAUAUUCAUAUAUUUGUCCGGCCUACAGCCUUUCAAUGCUUUCAGCGCUUUAAUUUUGAGUGUUAAGGGGUGCAUUUUGUAAAAAUGUUGUUUAUUUUGCUUUGGUUUUCUAUGUUUUUGUUAGAGGUCACAUAUUUAUAUAUAGUUUUAUUUUCUGUAGUUCAAAAUUGGACUCUAACAUUUUUGGCUUUUGUUUGGUGCAUUCAUCAGAAAUAAUCUACCGGUACGUAAAAUUAAUACACAGAAAGCUUGAAAAUUCUUGAUUGUCAUUAUAAUAAUCCCCACCAAAGUUGCAAACACCAAGUGUAUGCUUUCUUUUACAAUUGACACUAGUAAAACAAGUAAGCCAUGGGGACAAUACGUCUGACUGAAAUAUACUCUAUGAAACUAAUUUUAGGUGCAUAGUUACAAUUGAUCUAGUACGUAAAAUUAAUUAACAGCACAUUUGAAAAAUCCUUGAUUGUCAUUGGUCCACACAAAAAUGCAAACACCAAAUAUUGAUAAUGAAAAUGUUUGUUCAUGUAUUUAGCAUGAAUUGUAUAUAAAAAAGUUUUGUUUAUUUGUUUGUUUGUGCUUUCCCUGACAUUACAUAUUGUAGCAUUAUUUUUUUUCAUGUGUUUUUUUUAAUAUAUUUUUUUAAUAUAGAAAUGACAUUGUUCUUAAUUCUGUCCAGGCUGUUUCUUUAAACAAUUGAAACCAUUCCCAUGUGUUAAGAUUUGCACAAGAUUUGUCUUGUUAAGUUGUAAUAAAAUGCGCAAAGAUGGUAAAAACUUAUGUAUGUGUUACAAAUAAUCUGUUUUACAAUCAGGCAUACAUUAUUUGUACAUGUACUUGAUAAAACAUUAAUCCUUUAACAAAAACAUACAUAAAAUCAUGCUAUUGACACUGUUAAUGAAAUUGGAUCAUGUUUAGUCUGUGAAACAUGCCCUUUAUUUAAAAAAAUGGAUCUCUUAUGAUCGUAUAGCAAAAUAUUUAUUGCAUUGUUAAGUUUUUCUUCUACACACUAUGUACAUCUUUCAUUUUGUUAUUAAUAAGCAGAACAAAUAAUUUUAUAGUGAUAAUAAAUAGAUAUAACUUA